GCUUGUGUGUUCAGUAGACAAUUCUAAAAAAAACAUUUCUGUUUAAUUUGUAUCUUGAUAAUAUUUUGUAUGUUUGGACUAUGCCUAAUACAUUUUCCCACAUGUUUACAUAGCCAUGGCUGCUACGAGAAAGUUGCAAGGUGAAAUUGACAGAUGUCUAAAAAAAGUGACAGAAGGUGUUGAAACUUUUGAGGAUAUUUGGCAGAAAGUUUAUAAUGCAACAAAUAGUAAUCAAAAGGAAAAGUAUGAGGCGGAUCUUAAGAAGGAAAUCAAAAAGCUUCAGAGGCUGCGAGACCAAAUCAAAUCAUGGAUCGCGUCGGGGGAAAUCAAGGAUAAAAGCACAUUACUUGAUUACCGAAAGCUUAUAGAAACACAAAUGGAAAGGUUUAAAGUAGUAGAAAGGGAAACCAAAACAAAAGCUUAUUCUAAGGAAGGACUUGGUGCAGCUCAAAAACUAGACCCUGCACAAAAAGAGAGGGACGAUAUCUCAUCAUGGCUAGCUAAUAAAAUUGAUGCUUUAAAUAUUCAGAUUGAUCAGUUUGAAUCAGAAAUUGAAUCAUUAUUGGCGGGGAAAAAGAAACGAGUAGAUAAAGAUAAACAAGAUAGGAUAGAUGAUUUAAGAUCAAGAUUGGAAAAGCAUCGAUACCAUAUUAAAAAAUUAGAAACACUUUUACGAAUGUUGGAUAAUAUGUCUGUUGAAGUUGAUCAGAAUAGGGUUUUCUUCUAUCCUUGCAGUGAAUUCCGGGAUUACACUCAAUUUACUCAUUCUAUAAAAAGGAUAAAGGAUGAUGUUGAAUAUUACAUAGAUGCAAAUCAAGAGCCAGAUUUUGAAGAAAAUGAAUAUAUUUAUGAUGAUAUAAUAGGAUUGGAUGAAAUUGAAUUAAGUGGUGUCGGCUUACCAUCAUCAGCUACGACGGAUAGCAACAAUAGCAAUGACACGGCUGGUUCUCCAAUUAGCAUGGCCUCAGGAACAAGUCCUAUAGCAUCUCCAUCAAUGAUUGGAUGCAUUAACCACAACCACAGUAGCGAUUGCCACGAAAAUGAUUGCCAUGAGAAAAGGAAAAGGGAAGAUGUUCCCAUUCUUAGCAAAAUUACUCCCGUGAAACCUACUGCUGUACGAGCCAACUCAAACCUAAGUACAAGUGCGAGUAGUACCAUUUUAAAUACAAGUGCUGGCAGCAAUGCCAAUAAUAGUGUGACGGUUAAUAGCAAUAGCACUAGCAACAAUAUUAGUGUAAAUAAUAAGAUAACCCCUAGUGCUCUUGCUAGUUCUACGCCCAGUAAACCGCCACCACCUCCUUCACCUCAUACCAACAACAGUAUCGGAAGCACAAAUAAUGGUGGAAAUUUUGCAGCUGUCAUAAAACACAGUACAACGCAUUUGGAGAAUGGGCCUAUUAUACCAUUAAGGGCUCCAAGUCCUAUUCUGGCUACAAGUACCGCAGGUCAAACAUUGUCUGUGGUGGCUGUAAGUACAACACCUGCGAUUAUUCCUACUGCUCCAACGGUGACGAGUCAAGAUAGCAGUGUCCACAAUUCCUGUGAAACGCCUGAUGUAACGAAUACAAAUAUAACAGAAAUCAAUAAAUGCAGUCCAGUUAUUAUGAAUGGACCUUCUAUCUCAGAGGUGAGUUCAUUACCUCUGAGAAUAUUUCCAACUGAAGAUAAGCCGACGGACUCUAUGUCUUCACUAAAAUCAAUAGCACAAGAAGUUGUGAAUCGAGUUGGUUUAGAAAUGACAUCUGUCAUGUCACAACAGCAGCAACAAUCGCAACUUUCAGCAUCUCAGCAGCAAUUAUCAUCAUCGCAGCAGCAAACGCAGCAAAUACCACCAACACUCAUUCCGACUUCGGUCCAAAGUUCCGACACACGACCUCAGUCAUUGUUCGAGCAACCGCCGCCCCCCUCAUCGAACGUGCCCAAUGCUAAUUCUAUGGUGACAUUGAACGAAGCACACAUUCCUCCAUUGUUGGGUGUUGCUCCUUUAGGACCAGUGCCUCUGCAAAAAGAACACCAGUGUCAGUUCCAAAUGAUGGAAGCUGCAUUUUAUCAUAUGCCUCAUCCUAGUGACAGUGAACGACUAAGGCAAUACCUCCCACGAAAUCCAGCACAAACGCCUUCAUAUUAUCCACAGACUCCGCUGCCACAUUCAGACACUGUGGAAUUUUUUCAACGUCUCUCUACUGAGUCCUUGUUUUUUAUUUUUUAUUAUAUGGAGGGAACUAAAGCACAGUAUUUAGCAGCCAAAGCACUUAAAAAGCAAUCAUGGCGAUUUCAUACAAAAUAUAUGAUGUGGUUUCAGAGGCAUGAAGAACCAAAAAUAAUUAAUGAAGAAUAUGAACAGGGGACGUAUAUAUAUUUUGAUUAUGAGAAGUGGGGGCAAAGGAAAAAGGAAGGCUUUACAUUUGAAUACAAGUACUUAGAAGAUCGUGAUCUUAAUUGAAAUAAGAGGUGACCGAAAUCUGUUUUAUUAAUAAAUAGAGUGA